AUGAGCGGCUGUGGAUUAGGAGGAUUGAACAAGAGCGCCAGUGGCGUUGUUCUGGGAAUGGUACAGCUUCAACUUCCCGUCAUCGUCACUCCAGGAGAUCUCGCCGAGCAAACGACAAGAAUCUGCGAGAUAGUCGGCAAAGCGCGUCGAAAUAUGAGGACGAUGGAUCUCGUCGUCUUUCCAGAAUAUUCGCUACAAGGAUUGUCCAUGGAUACCAGGGCGAAGUUCAUGUGUCAUAUGGAAGGGCCAGAGGUUGCCGCCUUUAAAGAGGCAUGCAAGAAACAUUUUAUUUGGGGAUGUUUUUCCAUCAUGGAAAAAAACCCAGACGGCAACCCGUACAAUACUGGCAUUAUCAUUGACGAUAAAGGUGAGGUCAAGCUAUACUAUCGUAAACUGCACCCUUGGGUACCAAUAGAGCCAUGGGAACCAGGUAACAUCGGAAUUCCCGUAUGCGAUGGACCAAAUGGUUGCAAGCUGGCUUUGAUUAUUUGCCAUGACGGAAUGUUUCCCGAGAUGGCACGCGAGUGCGCCUACAAGGGAGCCGAAAUCAUGAUCCGUACCGCUGGGUAUACGGCACCAAUCAAGCAUUCUUGGUGCGUAACCAAUCAAGCCAAUGCCUUUUGUAAUCUCAUGGUAACAGCCUCAGUUUGCAUGUGCGGAAGUGACGGGAGUUUCGAUUCCAUGGGCCAGGGCAUGAUUUGCAAUUUCGACGGUGUUCCACUCGUGGAGGGCAGCGGGCGUGCUGAUGAAAUCAUUACGGCCGAGGUGCGGCCGGACUUGGUGCGUGAGGCUCGGGUCGGAUGGGGUGUGGAGAACAAUCCCUACCAAUUUGGUCACCGUGGCUACGUUGCGGUCAAGGGUGGUGCUCGUGACUGUCCAUAUACGUAUAUGAAGGAUAUGGUACACGGAUCUUAUGCCUUGCCUUGGGAGUCCGAGAUUGUGCACAAGGAUGGUAGCUUAUACGGAUUCCCUUUCCCAGAAAGAGAAUACAAAGGCGAGGAGGUGUCACCAGAUGUACGCAAGUUGUAA